AUGGGGGCGGAAGAGGAAGAACAGACGCGCAAAAGGGAGCACGAAGACGAUGAAAAUAGCCGAGAGGAACAACCGGCUCGAAAGAAGAAUAAACCAAAGCGCACCUAUUUCGUGCUUCCGCUGGAAGGUAUUCGUAACUGCGAGGGCGAUUUCUUCCAUCAUACCGGCCGUCGUACACUUUGCGAAAAGGGUCUACAACGGCUUCAAGAGGCUGGAAUCACCAUCAAAACCAGGCGUUUUGAAAAGAGUGAGGACGAGACCAUUCAACGGAAUUGGUAUGAAUUUGCCGAUCAAUAUGGACUCGACGAUAAAGACGUUCUGUAUCUCUGUGGCGUCAACGCAAAGCCAGGACCCACCGCGAUGGACGAGCGUGGAGCUUUCAUCCUGAAGACGCACUUCUUCCCAAGAAUGUGCCGCAAUUUGGAGCACAGGACUGCCACAGCGGUAAUUGAAGCGAUUCUCCGUCUCUACGAUCCCGUUGCAAAAGAUCCAAACAUCGACUAUUCUUUGAAAUUCACGAAAGAAGAAGAUGACAUGCUUCAGGAAUACUAUCAAAAGGGCUGGACCUUCUUUAAAAUCGCCGAAGCCAUGAAUAAGCCGAAGAUGCGCAUCAGGGCGAGAAUCGCGUAUUUCCGAAAGCUGGGCCUGACCAGAUCCAAAAACGCCCGCAGCGCUGGAGCUUCUAUAGAUGAUUUCUACUGGAUGACUUCAUACACGCGUGCCCGCAAGUUCGCAAGUUAUCCCAUCCCUGAAACGGGAAUUUUGGACGCAAAUGGUGACCUAUUCUACCAUGGGAACCCGAAGUACAGGCUUACGCUACCCGUUUUGGAACGCUUGCAGAGCCACAACAUCGUAAUCGAAGCCAAUCGGUUUACGGAUGAGGAGAAACGAAAAGCUCUUCGAAAUGCUACGAAAUUGAUGAAAGAAUUCGGCAUGAGCCGAUUGCUUUUUAUGUCUAUGAUCAACUAUGCCAAAUAUGCGAAGGCUUUAUACAAACGACAUUCGGAUAUUUUGGAAGCUCCAGACAAUCGCUUUUUUGAUUGGACCUCCCGACAUCGACAACUAUUCACCUCAGCAAAUCGAUUCUGGCCUAGGCUUUGCGAAGGGCUACCGUCACGCGCUACACGACCGGUCUGUACGGCGGUUUGUGAGAUGAUCGACCCAUUGAACGAAUUCCCUGGUGCGAUGGAGCCGUUCAACGACGAGGGCUUCUACGAGCUCGAUCGACUAUACCGGAUUCAUGGCAGCGCCUCACAGGUCGCCGCUUGGAUGGGAAAACCGCUGCAUAAAAUCAGGCAGGCCUUUAACCAGCAUAGGCAUCGCUCAUUGCCACUGCGGCGAACAGAACGUCGACGGCUAUGGAAUAUCUUGGCGAAGCAGUACACGGGCGGUGGGCCAAAAUUGGUGCGGAAGGAAUUGCGGAAGGGCAGAUCGAAGCUUGACUUCAAAAUGGUGUCCAGGUUACUUGGCCGACACAUUCAAAUUGUACGCGACGCUUGGCGAGAGAUCAUCGACGAUUUCCGGGAGCAGCUUGAGGAGAAAACGUUCGAUGAAGCCGUCGAGGAGGUCAUCCCAAAGCCCUAUCGAAUCACUGGCCGGGAAUUAUAUGAUUUUCUUGAGCUUUUCAUCGACUUCAACCCGAAUGUGAUCAUGAGAAAGAUGAGGUUCCGGGACGUGGAUCGGCUGAAAAUGGAACAGGCGAUGAUGCGACUCGGCCUCACCGGCUUCUACACCGGAUAUCGAACAGAAUUUCAGUAUUGUAUUAAGUUGCUAGGACAGGUGAUAUACUAUGUUUGCGGGCAAUUGAAGCCGGUGGUCGACUUGACGACUGUUGCAAAACAGGAUGCCUUGAAGGUGCUCUCCAAGUGUUUUGCGGCUCUCGGCGACAAGUCCUUCCACAGAGUGGCCACCAAGGAUUUUGUGGAUAGGCUGUUGAGG